AACACUAGUAACCGAAGAAUCGGAGCGACAUAGAAUCAGCGAAGAAAGAAGAGUCAUGGCCUCAUCGCUAGGGAGCGGAGACCCCCCGGGGAGCAAUACCACCACCACGGACGAGAGAUCUCCAUCUUCUCCCGAAGAUGAACAUUCAUCACCCACGCACCAAAAGUUGGAAGACGGCGGCGCAAGUGUCGAGAAGCCAGCGGCUGCAGGUAGAUAUCAGAACGUCAAGGAGGCGCUGUUUCUAAUCUCCGUAGAAUCCAAGUUUGCGUCCUUGGCGGAGAAACCACCUGUUCCACAAGGUCUGUCAAUUUGUUCUUCUUGGGCUGGAUCAUGUCAACGCCAAGAUCUCCGCAGCUGGAGUGAUGGAUCAGACGUCGCAUUCUUUGUAAAGAAAGAAAUCGAAAUCUGUAUUCGAAAGAGCAUGUUCUUCGAAGAAGCCGCAACUUAUCUUGAGGAGAAUCACCAGAUUGAUCGCAAUUUCACCAAAAUAGUUUGGGAGCAGCUUCAUAAAGAGAACCUACAUAACUUCAGUGAUUACUACUCAAGAUGCAAACCGGCUGCUGAAGCUCGUGGCAGUUUAACUUGGUGUGAACUUCUAUCACAGUCUGCACAGUUUCCAAACCUUAGCAUUUAUACACAAAGCUUCACUAUUGGGUUUGGUGCAACCUGCGACUUCAUAUUGAGAGACUGGAUAGCAAAUGAGAUGAUGUGCAAGAUCUCAAAGCACAAUGGGUUAGCUGUUCUAGAGGUCAUAGGAAACUCGGGACCUGUGCUGCUUAACGGAUCAUUUGUCGAGAUGAAUUUCGAAUGUUUGCUACAGUCUGGUGACGAACUAGGUUUUGGUUCACAAGAAAGCUGUAGUUUCAUAUUUCGGAACAUGUAUGACAUUGCAGUAAAAGGUGGAGGGCAUCAGAUGCCGUCAGCUGUAACGGGUGCUUCAAUUUUGGCAUCUCUUCAAAGCUUUAGGAAGGACUUAUCUCCUUUGAAUUCAUCAAGCCAAGCAUCCAGUAAGAGCCACGAAGCUCCUAUGGUCCAAGAUGGUGUUGUUGACGGCAUGGAAGUGAAUUCUUCUGUUAAUAAUCAAAGUGAAUCGAUCAGCAGCCAGAGCCAAGAUUCCAAAAUGGCGAUCUUAGAUGAGAAAGGCGAGUUGGUGAAAACAUCACAACAAGCUUCAACAUCAGGGUCAGGGUCAGGCAUUAUUCAGCCAUCUUCUAUAUUCAGAGAAUAUAUUCAAACUGGUAUUGUCGAGGGCAAAAGCUUGGAUGUUUCAUUCGAAAGUUUUCCCUAUUAUUUGAGUGAGAAUACAAAGGCUAUCUUAAUAGCUGCUUCACAUAUACAUCUGACGCAAAAAGAAUUUCCCAAGUAUGCCUACGACUUUACCAAUUUGAGUCCAAGGAUAUUGCUGUCUGGUCCGGCAGGGUCUGAAAUAUACCAAGAGAUGUUAUCUAAAGCAUUAGCCAAAUACUUCAAGGCGAAACUGCUUAUAUUUGACAGCCAUACUUUGGGGGCUCUGACUGCUAAGGAAAUUGAGUCACUCGAUGAUGGACUUACUUCCGACAAAUCAUGUACUUUACCUCGUCCAUAUGGAGCCUCAGUGAGUCUGAUGACUCGUACUCUGACGAAAGGUGAUAGGGUAAGAUUCUACUGUCAUGGGCCAUCUACCCCAAGGGCACCUUCUUCUGGGGCUAAAGGGAAAGUUGUUUUAGUAUUUGGUGAUGAUCCUUCAUCUAAAAAAGUGGGUGUCAGAUUUGAUAAGCCCAUACCUGAUGGAGUAGAUCUUGGCGAUCUGUGUGAGAAGGGACAUGGAUUCUUCUGCGAUGCUACUGAUCUUCGGUUUGAAAGCUCUGCUUCUGAAGAUCUAGAUGUGUUACUUAACAACACAUUAUUUGAGGUUGUUCAUGCUGAAAGCAGAGUUUCUCCGUUUAUUCUAUUUCUGAAAAAUAUUGAGAAGAUUGAUGUUGGGAAUGCGUUUAAAAGCAGCCUUGAACAUCUCCCAAAAAACGUUAUUGUGAUUGGUUCACAGACACAGUAUGAUAAUCGCAAGAAGAAGGAUAUUGGACAACUACCUGGGUUUGACAAGGAAAUCCUUGAACUUGCGGAAAUGAAACUUCUGACGAAUCCCUUUGGGAAUAAAGUUGCUAUUGACAUGCCACAGGAUAUUGGACAACAACUUGGGCUUGGCAAGAAUGUCCCAGAGGCAAGGAUACUUCUGACGCAUCUCUUUGGGAACAAAGUUACAAUUGACAUGCCCCAGGAUGAAGAUCUUCUUACAUUCUGGAAUCAGUUGGAUCGUGAUGCCGAGUAUCUGAAAAGGAAGGCUAAUGUCAGUCACUUACGCAUGGUGAUGAGACAAUCUGGUCUGGACUGUGAUGGAAUUGAGACGCUGUGCAUGAAGGAUCUGACACUUCAGAGCGACAGUGCAGAAAAGAUCAUUGGAUGGGCUCUUAGUGACCAUAUAAGACUAAAUGGUGUUGCUGAUCCAUAUACUAGGGUUAAUUUGUCUCUUGAUAGUAUAAAAUUUGGAAUUAAAGUUCUACAGGCUUCUCCAAAUGAAUCUACGAGCUCAAAGAACUCUCCCAAGGACAUUGAGACAGUAAAUGAGUUAGAGAGGUUUUCAAGUGAUGCUAUUUCGUACAGUGACAUUGGUGUUUCAUUUAAAGACAUUGGGGCACUUGAGGAUGUCAAAGACACCUUAAUGGAUUUGGUAGUGGUUCCUUUAAAACGGCCUGAACUCUUUCGCAAGGGGCAAUUAAUAAAGCCUUGUAAAGGAAUUCUCCUAUUUGGACCUCCUGGAACCGGAAAGACUAUGCUUGCAAAGGCAGUGGCAACAGAAGCUGGUGCUAACUUCAUCAACAUCUCACCGUCAAGCAUAGUAUCUGAGUUCUAUGGUGGCACUGUAAAGAAUGUCAGAGCUGUCUUUUCAUUAGCCAGUAAAAAAUCACCUAGCAUUAUCUUUGUGGACGAGGCGGACAGCAUACUAGGCCAAAGAGGAAGUCCAGGGGAACAAGAGGCCACGCGGAGGAUGAGAAACGAGUUCAUGAUGAACUGGGACGGUCUGCUGACAAGGGAGACGGAACGUGUUAUGGUCCUUGCAGCCACAAAUCGGCCUUUUGACCUUGACGAGGCUGUCAUUAGACGGUUGCCUCAUAGGUUGAUGGUGGGAUUGCCAGAUGCUCAGAAUAGAGCAAAGAUACUAAGGGCUAUACUUGCAAAAGAAGACCUGUCGGAUGAUGUUGAUCUUGAUGAAGUUGCUAGAAUGGCUGAUGGAUAUUCUGGAAGCGAUCUUAAGAAUCUCUGUCUUACUGCUGCACGCCGUCCAGUGAAGGAGAUAUUGGAGAAGGAGAAAACAGAGAGAGUUGCUGCUAUGGCGGAAGGUAAAGAUCGUCCAGCUCAAUAUGGAAGUUCUGAUAUCCGAGCUAUAAACAUGCAGGAUUUCACGUACGCACAGAAGAAGAUGUGCGCGAGCGUCUCGGCAGGGUCGGGGAGAAUGGAAGAGCUUGAAGAAUGGAACAAUCGCUACGGGGAAGGUGGAUCUAGAAAGAAGACAACACCACUUAGCUACUUCAUGUAGGAUUGAAAUCUACUCGUCUCGAAAAGAGCUCUCCUCCGUUGUAUGUAGUUAGGCAUAUAUAGAUAAAACAACACGUGAACCAAUGUAGAGUGAUAUGUUUUGUUGUUUUCAGACCUUUUGGUGUUUGUAUAGCUACCUUAAUGUAGUGAGAUUCAUGGUGUGUUCACUACGUAUCUUGAUAGUUAAUUACAAAGGGUUUUCUCUUUACACU